AUGUGUAUUUUAUUUUCUGGAGCUUCUACAAAUUUUAGUAACCCAAUUAAUUCUUGUGUAUCACUUUUUGAUUGUGCAGUUCCUGGAACAAUGCCAGUAUUGAAUAAAAAAUGUGUAGAAGCUGGAGUCUUCACUGCGUUGGCACUUUCUUGUGAAGUAAAUGCUGUCUCAAUGUUUGAGAGAAAACAUUACUUUUAUUCUGAUUUACCUGCAGGCUUCCAAAUUACACAACAAAAAAAGCCUUUGGCUGUUAAUGGAAGAAUAAAAUUUAAUGUAUUUAAACAAGGAGUUCACAAAGAACCUUAUUCAAAGUCAUCAAAAGUUAAACAGAUACAACUUGAACAAGAUAGUGGAAGAAGUAUGCAUAAUGAAGAUCUUGGAAGAAGUUUCAUUGAUCUCAAUCGCGCUGGAAUACCUUUAAUGGAAUUAGUUUUUGAACCAGAUUUAACAUCUGGAGAAGAAGCAGCAGCUCUUGUAAAGGAAUUAUGUUUCAUUUUACAAUUACUAGGCACAUGCUCAUGUAAAAUGGAAGAGGGAGCUUUGCGAGUUGAUGCAAAUGUAUCUAUAAGUAAACCUGAUGCACCUUUAGGCAUUCGUACAGAAUUGAAAAAUAUUGGAAGUAUAGCUGCUAUUAACAAUGCAAUUAAUUAUGAAAUAAAAAGACAAAUUUCAAUUUUAGAAAGAGGGGGGCAAGUUAUUAAUGAGACUCGUGCGUGGAAUGCACUAAGCAAGAAAACAAUUAUUAUGCGUGAAAAGGAAGAUAAACAUGAUUAUCGUUUUAUGCCUGAACCGAAUUUACCUCCUUUGUGCUUAUACGUUAACAGAAAUGUGGAAAAUAAAUAUAAUUUAAUCGAUGUUCAAUCUAUUAAAAAACAAUUACCGAAAUUGCCAGAACAAAUACGUGAAACAUUACAAAAUCGUGGCCUUACAUCACAUAUGUUUUCAGCAAUAAAGGUAAAUUAAAAAUAUUUAAAGAAUCUAAAAUUGGUAUGUAAUAAUAAAAUUUUUUUUUAGAGUGAUCUGGAAUUAUUUCAACUAUUUUGUGUAAAUAAUAAGGAGUAUAUUGAGGAGUUAGUAGACUUAAUGCAAGCUAAUGUAAUAAACCAACUAACACUAAGAAGACUAUUAAAUGAAUUAAUCAAUGAACCAAAUAAAAUGCCUAAACAGAUUGUUGAAGAAAAUAAUUGGUUUAUGAUAUCAAACGAAAAAGAAUUGGAAAUAUUAUGCUUAAAAAUUCUUGAAAAAAAUCCUGGACUAGUCAAAAAAUAUAAAAAGGGACAUAAAAAGGUAUUUAAAAAAUUCCUACACGAAACAAUUAUAAUUUCAGAUAGACGUGCAGAUAUGUCACAAGUUAUAAAAAUUAUGACAAGGUUACUGAGUUGA